UGCUUCUCCAUUCUAGUAAGAGGAGAAAGAGAAAGGUGAAGGCAAAGUUACGAAGUUCGAUUUCUUGGUUGCUUUCGGGUGACUCCGUAGACAAGCCUUCGGCCGCCUCUCUCUUGUCUGAACACACCUGGAGGUUGGAAGUCUUUGCAGAGCACAGGCGACUCUGGGAGCACAGAACUGGUUGUAACAAGAACAACCCGGUGGUGGAAAGACUAUGGAGGAGUCCCGUGAAAUGGCAAACUCUGAUGCCCCCAUCAGUGCUGAAGGGGACAGUGCAGCUGGGACUCCCCGGAAGCAACCACGCUUGCAGCUGCCUUCCCAGCAGGAGGAACAGAGGAUUCUCAGGAACUAUGAGAACAUCGAGAGCAAGGCCAGAAGAAUGCUGAGCACCUUCUUUGAGAAGAUUUCCCACCUCUUUCUGCUGAAUGACAUGCCUGGGAACCUGACCUAUCUGCGGGACCGCAUCACCAGUCUCAACUCCAGGCCUGCCUUGGAACCCCUCCGCAUUGGGCUCUUUGGGAGCAGUGGCGCGGGGAAGAGCACGCUGCUCAACACCAUCCUGGACAAACGUUUCUUGCUCCCAGUGUCAGGGAUCCGCACGUGCACGUCCUGCCAGGUCCAUGUCAGCGUCUGCAGGAACAAGUAUUAUGAAGCCAAGAUUUUUCUCCUCUCAGAUGAGGAAUGGAAGGAGGAGGUGAAGAACCUAGUCACGCUCCUGGAGAACGGGCAUGAGAAUAGUGAGACUGACGACGAUCUGCAGCACGCCGUUAAAGUGCUGAAGGCUAUCUAUGGGGAAGGAGCGGAUGUAAAGUCUUACGAAGACCUGAUGAAAACCAAGCCUGUGAUCACUAUUCCUCCCUCAAGAGUUAUCACUCUGAGAAAGACAGAGGCAGAAGACCUCGCUGAUGAGCUGGAUCCAUACAUCCGCAACCAGGAUGGCCUUGAGGGGGAGAUGGGCAACCCCCAGUGCAGUGAGCAGAUGCGGCUCUGGCCCCUAAUCAAGCAGGUGCGAGUGACUCUCCCCCUGUCCAAGAUGGUACCUGAAGGUGUUGUCUUCAUGGAUAUCCCAGGAACAGGCGAUGCCAACAAGAAAAGGGAUGAGAUGUGGAAAGAGAGCAUCCUGCAGUGCACAUCCAUUUGGAUCGUCGCUGAUGUUGAACGUGUUUUCGGGGGCAAAGCACAGGAAAUCAUGGUGCAAGAGGCAAUUAAAGCUUGCCAGGCCGGCAAGUGCAGCGAUAUCACCUUCGUGAUCACCAAAAUGGAUAAGAUUAAAGUGGAGGAGUACUUGAGGGACCACCCAGGGACAUCAAGGGAUGUAAGCCAACGUGAUGCCAUUCUGCGGAUGAAACAAGAGCUGAAAGCAAAAAAGACCAGAUCAUUAAGGGAGAGGAUGAAGCGGAAACUACCCAGUGACAUGGCGGUCCUGCAGAAGCAGGAGCUGGUUUUCCCCAUCAGUGCCCAGGAGUAUUGGAAGCCCACAGUCCUCGGAAAGGAGGAUACAGAAAUCCUUGAGCUGAGAGCCCACAUUAGGAAGCUCUACCUGGACAUGAAGCGAAGUCAGUUACAAGAUUAUCUGAAAGAAAUCCUUGUGGUCUUCUCUCUGGUCAAUGUUUACAACUCCAUACAGCUCAGCCCGAAUCCAUCUGUGAAGGAUGAGCUCGAUAGGUUCAUGUCACAGACGAUCGAGGCUCUGAAGAAGACGAUUAAGGGCAAUUUUGGCCUUAUGGAUGCGCCUCUCAACAGCGGGGUGAAGUCUGCCCGAUCCAAGCACAAGAAAAACGUCGAUGAGGUCUUCUUGCAAGGCAAAACAUCCUCCGGCUUCCAUAGGACCCUGAAAGCCGUGUGCGCGAGGAAGGGGGUGUACGUGUCCCGUGUCUUCAAUCGCAUAGAUAUCAACAACUGCCUGGCUGAGCCCAUCUAUGGAGAAAUUGGGGUGACGUUUGCAAACAUAUUCAGAACACAGGCACUCACGAGGACCAGUCUGCAGAUGUCAAUCAAUGAGUUCAGCAAGGAGGUAAAAGAAAAAUUUGAGGAUGUUGGGAAGACUGCAAACUUGAACAGGCCCAAGCUCGACUUUCUCAAUCAAGAGACUGACAUCAUCAUGAGAGCUAUAGAAAGAGAAAUUCUUUUGAAAAAGAAGGCUAUCUAUGAAUCCCUUGAGUUGACCAUCCAAAGCAUCCUCUCGCCAUGUUACGAAGAGGCUGCUAAUAUACGUGGGAAGAAUUCCGGCAGGCGGAUCAAAGACAUGCUGGUGGAGAACAUCGAGCUGGAGGUGCAGAAGGCAAUGUUUGAAAAAGCAAAGGAGAAGAUGAUGAGCCAGUUCCAGGAUCUGACAGAGCAGAUCACCACCAAGCUCAGCAAGGACUUCCUCAGCAUGCUGGGCAUCGCAUUCUGCCAGAACGAGCAACUGACGGACAAGCUGCCAGAUAUUCAGAAUGAAUACCGAGAAAUCGAGGACUUGCUGAAAGACUUGAAACAACUGGACUGACCAAAAAGGCCCUGCAAGAAGAAGCUUUCUUUGCAAUUUUUUUUUUUUAGCCUUUUUAAAAAAUAUUUUUAUAGCUUUUUAAUCUGUUCAUUGCUUUUCUAUGGUGGCCAGCUUGCAAGGGGGGAUUUAAAAGAAGUUAAGGGUUUGAUGGAGCAGGUUUUUAAGGAUCCAAGAAGGCGUGGGUCUCCUGUGGGUCCAUGGCACAUCCCAGUCCUCUUUGGGCUCUCCUCCUUGCUGACCUCAGUGCCUGUUGGAGGUGCCCCCAUGCAUGGACGUGUGUCAGGGAAUAGGACAACCAACGACGCGUAUGUGAUUAAUUGCAUUUGUAUGAAGCUUUUGCUGUAGGUCGGGCGUAGUUUUUUUGUACUUAUUUUUUUACAAGGGUGAAUGCCUUUUUCCAGUGCCUUUCAGUUCUCAGGUAGAAGCCAGCAGAGACGUCCGCCUGAAGCAAAGCUGCGGCCAUGCACAGGGAAACGGCCUGCGUGGUGCAUGGAGAGAGACACCCGCAAGAGGAUGACUCUGCUGGAAGCCUCUGGCCUGAGAUCUAAUAAAACAUAUAACACAAUAAAAUAUA